UAAUAACCAAACAGUAUAUUGUCUUGCACUGAAUUAAAUUUCUUUACCUUAACUCUUGCUGCUUUCAAGAAAUGCACCAGUAUCGAUAUCUGAAACGGCCAAAGAACCCAAAAUUGAGUUAAUGUUCACCCCACUUGAGGAAAUGAAGUAUGAGAGAGUUUACUGACACAAUGCUAAUAGAAGUUUCAAUGCAGUGCUUUCAGAAUUUUGUCUGCAUUUGAGCUUUUUGCACUAGCCAUUUUUUUUUUACUUUGAGCUCUAUUUAAUUCGAAUAAGGUAAAUGGAAAUAGCAUAUUUUACAGGAUGGAGCUCAUUGUCCCCAAAAAAGCAAAAUUAUUAACGAAAACAGGAUGGGUCUAUGGUGUACAGAGGUGGCAGACAACACACGAGGGACGUCGGGCAUCUGUUUUUUACUGUGACUUGUUGCUGCUCGAUUCAUUUACAAGGCUCGUUAACUGACCUUCCUUGCCAUGCUGCAGCAUUGAUAACUGUUUUUGUGCAUUGGUUCAAUUGGUGAUCUGGGGUGUCUGCAGUGUGUUGUGCUGAUGCUUGCAGGGAUUAAGAGCCGGAUAUUUUGUAGAGCACGUGGGCCGUGCACCGAAAAGCCAGAAAAGAGGAGUGUUCAGCUACAUUGUAGUAAAGGCAGAGAAUUAGCUGACACGAUUGUGGAAGAUUUGUAGGAGUUGACUUAUUUUCUUGAAUCAAUUUCUUGUGGCAAUUUCGUGGCUCAUUAGUUUAAGAAUUCGUUACGGUUGCUUGACAAGUUAGAUCUCGCCGCUAAGCUGGAGAGCAUACUCCCAGUGACAGUGGUCACAUUUUGGUGGCUGCUGGAUUCAAGAAAAUCAUAGUAAUUAAUUUGUGAAAUAUUGUAAACUUUGAUGGGGUAAAUCUGUCUGGAGUCCUCCAUUAUGGCUCAUCUCAUAAUGUUGUUUCAGCAAGAUUUUAGAUGGAUUUUGUGAAGUGACAAAGACUGAAAAUUCGUGCUUUGCCAUGGACUUUUCUCACUAAUGUUUGCUUAAAUAUUUAAUUAUGUGAGCAUGCUGCUUUUCUGUUGGGGUUUGCUGAAAUUCAUCAUUAUUGUCAUUGCAAAUAAGAAAUUUCGUGUUGCUCAGCCCAGAGCUAAACACUCGUAAAACUGGCGACAGGUAGACUCAUGUUUGAGAAAAUGUUUUAACUAAUGUGAAAAUUUUUAAGAGAAGAAAGGAAUGUGUGUGUGGUGGGGCAGUUUUAUUAGAAAGCAUGCCUUUGUGAAAGAAGUCGCCAGUGAAGGAAGAGUUUUGCCUGUGGAAAUGGUUUUGUGCACUGACUUUAAUAUACCAUUGUUGCAUUUUCGCUCUGUUCAAGUGCUGCGAUUUUCUGUGCUCUUUUUUUCUUCUGCAUCCCGAUGACUGUGUCUAUCGAAACUUCACAUUGAAUAAGCAGCUGUGCGCUUGUUUGACGUGCUAGUCCAGUAAUAAAAAGAUAGACAACUGAUCCCUGCAUGUAUAAUGGUGUUGAAGGGUGAAACCGUACCGUAAAACAUAAUUAAAGCUGGAAGUAUUGACAGGGAAGCAUUUGCUAGAGCAAAGAAGUGUAAAUUUAGCAUCACACUUUCCACGUAACCGCUGGUGAUCGUGAAUGAUAGUUUUCAUUGCACUUGACAAAAGGAACGGGAACUGUCUAUUCAAUUCUUUAAUGUGCAGGGAUUUAUGUGUCGUAGGCAUUUCAGAAUCUCGCAUGGUUUCCUUGAAAAAGCAGUGGCAUUUAUUUGUCUCCCGCAGAUUCAAUAACGUUGGACACUUCUGAUGAAGAUGAGGAUGAAGAAGUAGAUGUAGAAGAGUUCGAGGUGUCAUCGCCCAACAAGCAAUUUAUUAUCCAAGGCUUUGAUGAGAGCGGCGGCGUCAUACUCAAAAAUGGGAUGCGCAAGGAGCCGCUGCGCUGCAACCUCUGCCCGUACGCGACGCGCUACUCGACCCACUACAAAGACCACAUGCGGGUGCACAGCGGAGAGAAGCCCUUCAAGUGCACCAAGUGCCCGAACUCGUUCACGCAGAGGGCCCACCUUCAGCGCCACUUGCGCACCCACGAGCCCCGGAAUCCUCGGAAGCUGGCCCUAGCGCGUGCCUCUGUUCGGAAAGCGAGGUACUCGGAGCGCGCCGAUCAGUCGAGAAAGCAUGCGCUUGGAGUGCCAACAGGACGCAAUUUACGAGGUAAAAGCCGCUCGUUUCUCCAGUGGUGGGCAGUGAAGGAAGAUUCCGACGACGAGGAGCGGGCCGAAGGGACGAGGCCACGCAAGUUCCAUCAAGUGUUCGGGCAUUCCAGCAUGGGCCCCCCAGUACGGGUGAAGAGGAACAAGAAAAAAGCUUUCGCAAGGAAAGAUCCGCUGGUCUGCGGCCAGUGCUUGUACACCACGUACUACGUGACCCACAUGAAAGACCACAUGCGGACGCACAGCGGGGAGAAGCCCUUCAAGUGCUCCAAGUGUACGGCUGCAUUUACGCAGGCAGCCAACCGCAAGCGCCACAUGCGCACCCAUCACCAGGGGAUCUAAUCUCACGGCUCUGAAAAUUUUCCUUCUUCAGAUUCGAUUGUAGCAGACAACAGAGGACUGUCAUUAAAUUGCUUUUUUUUUUUCAUAAAUUCAAAAAUGCAAGUAGCGAAGACAAGUAAGGGUGGAUGACAGGAGGUGCCCAGUGUUUUGCCUUUGCUAAAGAGGAUAAGCUUGUACAAACUAGACCAACAAUCACACUCAUUCAAGUGAAUGUGGUCGUUGUUGAUUGUCUUAUGUAAGGCGAGCAUCAUGUUGAUAUAGCUCGGUCUGGGACAAUGGAUCUGUGAGCUUGUCCUUAUAUUGCUGCUAAAUAUCGGUGUUCAUUUGUGAUUCUGUAUGUUGACCUUGAAAAUAAUGGCUUAGUGUGAAAGGUUGAUUCAAUAGACCUCGUGACUAAGCCGCUCAGUGCGUUGCUGUUACCUAUACCAUUGCUCUUGUCUAAAUAGAUGGCUACUGUGGUUGAGCAAUGCAUAAAGAACAUUGGAUAGCAAAGGCAUAUUUUGGGCACAGUAAUUUGGCACAAUUACUGAAGGUAGGGUGCUAGAGCAGUGGUUUGCACCUUGCGUGUUGACCAGUAUUAAGACCACUUUAAAAGUUUCAACUUUAGUUUCACAACACUGUGUGUGUGUGUGCUUUCAUUUUAACGGUAUGCAUUGAUAUCAUGCAUUCCAUUUCUUUUUUCUCCAUCCAUCAUUAAUAUUUGAGGCUUCUUCAUUUUGAUUGCACACAUGAAAUACUGUUUUGCUGUAGACAUGUUGUAGUCCUUGUUUUUGCCUCUGAAUACGUUGUCAAGGAGUACUGUGCUCUUGUGGACCUGCAUUUCAUAACUUGUCAGAAUGUCAGGCUGUUUGAAUCCAGAAUGAACGUCGAGCAAUGUCUGUAGGGGUGAAUAUAUUCAUCAUGUACGCACAUUGCUCGUCAUGCUACAAGUUUUCUAAUUUUCUCAAUGUGUAAUUUACUUCGAGAAAUGCACAUGCCUAGCCUUGUCUUCAAGUGCUUACUUGAGUGGAGAUUUUCGAGCCAGUCGCCUGUGCAAGAUGCGACUAGCGUUGUCAGACUUGUUUGGCUGUGCACAGGCCACGUCGUUGUGGCACUGUGCAAAGUUGGAUAUGACAGCCUGUCAUGACUGUUACUGAGACAUCACCUCAACCUGCACCAAUGUUGUGAAAACUCUAGAAAGUGAAAGUGUUGUCAGGGUUUAAUCCUUCGCAACCCUGCCCUAAGUCAUUUUGUACAGUUAUAAAUGUGCGUAAUGCACACAUUUUAAGAUGCUAUUCUCUCACCCAUAGGCUCUAAAUUUCAUAAUUUUUGUAAGCUGAAAUGUCUUAUCGUAGUGUUAAGUUACAUGGAUGCAACAUGCUAUGUAAAGCUUUUUAUGUUUUGUUGUUGCUUGCUUUUUCUUUUUCUUUAGAAAAUCACUGCAAGUUAGGUAUACUGCUGCUUAUCACUAAUGAAAAAAAAAGACAUAAGGUUUCUAAUUCCAGCAGAUGACAUAACUGGGAGCAAAAAGUGAAGAGUGGGGAAGAGAAUGUGAUGUGUCGCGUACCUGAUAUGUGUGUAAAGAAAGAGAUAUAUGUUUCUUUUUUUCCUCAAAGAACUAAAGGAAUAUGCACUAUUUGUAUAGGCACUGUUUGGGUAGUCAGGUCAAGCAGUACAUCACGAGAAUUGUACCUCACAGGGUUACAAUGAACUGGCUGCAGAAUGAUUCUACAAAAGAUUUUCCUGGAUCUGAGGGGGCUGUGUCUGUAUGUGAGUGACUCUGUACAUGUGAAAAUGUUUUCCUUUUGUCUCAAUAAAGACAACUUUGCAUUGCUUGAAGCAUAUUCUCAAA